AUGGCAGUUCCAAAAAAGCGUACUUCUAUAUUUAAAAAGCGUAUUCGUAAAAAUAGGUGGAAAAGGGGGGGAUAUUGGGCAGCGUUGAAAGCUUUUUCGUUAGCGAAAUCCCUUUCCACGGGGAAUUCACAAAGUUUUUUUGUACGACAAAUAACUAAUAAAACGUCGGAAUAA